AUGGCUACUCCCGUCUACGCCUAUGGCACGCAGUCAGAUGCUUAUGCCGCCGAGAAUGACGUUGUCCCUCGCGCUUCCGAGAAGGGGAGGAAGGUCAGCCUUGGCAAGGCGCCGUCCGAGGGUGCUCUGAACGACUCUGAUGAUGUUCUCGCCGCCAUGGGCUACAAGUCCGAACUUGUGCGCUCCAGGUCGACCCUCCAGGUUGCCUUUAUGUCCUUUGUUCUCGCCUCGAUUCCCUACGGACUGGCUACGACGCUUUACUACCCUGUGGUUAACGGUGGCCCCGUUACCAUUAUUUGGGGAUGGCUCGCUGUCUCUCUGAUCAUCCUCUGCGUUGCAGCUUCCCUAGGAGAAAUUACCAGUGUCUACCCUACCAGCGGCGGUGUUUACUACCAGACUUUCAUGUUGGCUGCUCCCUCUUACCGGAAGAUCGCCUCGUGGAUUUGUGGAUGGUGCUUCGUCGUUGGUAACAUAACGAUUACUCUUUCCGUCAACUUUGCUACUGCUCUCUUCUACGUGGCAUGUAUCAACGUCUUCACCGACGCAGAUGGAAAUGGCAUCUUUGCAGGCACAACGUGGCAGGUCUACCUGCUCUUCCUUGCCGUUACCCUUCUGUGUAACAUUGUCUGUGUCACCUCCAACAAGUGGCUCCCAUGGCUUGAUACCUUUGCCAUCUUUUGGACUCUUGCCGGUGUCCUCGCCAUUGUUGUGUGCGUGCUUGCCAUUGCGAAGAACGGUCGCCACAGCGCCGAUUACGUUUUCACCACCCUCGACACCUCCAACUCCGGAUGGAUCCCUGGAUGGUCGUUCAUGGUCGGACUUCUCCACGCAGCCUACGCAACCUCCUCGACCGGAAUGAUUGUCUCUAUGUGCGAAGAGGUCCGUCACCCUGCGACCCAGGUUCCUAAGGCCAUGGUCGGCACCAUCAUCCUAAACACCAUCUGUGGCCUCAUCUUCCUCAUCCCCCUUGUUUUCGUCAUGCCCGAUCAGGCUUACCUAGCUGGCCUCCUAUCUGGUCAGCCGACCCCCGCCAUCAUCGUAGAUGCUAUAGGCUCUCCGGGUGGCGCCAUCGGGUUGCUGCUGCCGCUCAUGGUCCUUGGACUGUUCUGCGGUAUCGGCUGCACAACUGCCUCGUCCCGCGCCAUCUACGCCUUCGCUCGCGAUGGCGGUAUCCCCGGCUACAAGAUGUGGAGAGUUGUCAACGCCAAGUUCGAUGUUCCAGUCAACGCUAUGAUGAUGAGCAUGGUUGUUCAGCUUGCGCUUGGUCUUAUCUACUUUGGUGCCGCCGCUGCAUUCAACGCCUUUUCCGGCGUGGGUGUGAUUUGCCUAACACUCAGCUACGCUGCACCAAUCUUGUGCUCCGUGCUUGGUGGUCGCAAGCAGGUUGUUGAGGGACAGUUCUACCUCGGCAAACUGGGCAUGUUCUGCAAUGUUGUUGCUAUUGCCUGGUCCGCACUUGCGACUCCCCUCUUCUGCAUGCCAACCUACCUCCCUGUCACUCCUGUCUCGAUGAACUACGCCUCCGUCGUCCUGGCUGCCGUCAUUCUCCUCUCAACUGUCUGGUACUUUGUCUGGGGAAAGGCCAACUACGAAGGUCCCCCAACUCACGAGGAUGCUGUUCUCGAGGCCAGGAGAGCCAGCUUUGUCAGUACCCGAAGCAAAUAA